AUGGGUUCCUACACGGGCUUUGACAUUGUCCCACGCCUAUCAGAAGAGCUGGUGGACAAACACAAUUGGCAAAAAUUCUUGCAAUCCAUCAAAGAGCGUUACCAAAAUGAUGCUCAAGUCGAAGUGAAGCCUAACUACAUUGAAUUCAAUUCCGACCCGAACCUGCUGCUUCCAUUUGAAGGUCACAAGUUCCUACGUUUUGGCGCAACGAUCCCGAAUGAGGACUCCGGCGGAUUGAGGAACCAUAUCGAUACUGUCAGCCGGGUAGCCAGUUGCUACUUCGGAUCGAAAGUUCAUUGCUGGGAUGAGGGCUCAGGGUUGCCGGGUCAUUAUGUUCUUGAUGACGUGAAACGAUCGAUCAGGUCCUAUGAGCAGUUCGACGAACCGGAAAUGCCAACUACCAUAGCCCAGUUUGUGCUCGGUACUGAUCCAAUCCGCGAGCUGAAUAUACCACUAUAUGAAAUACAGCUAUUCCUCUCCUUGUAUAACAAUUUCCCUGGAAAGCAACCGUUCAGUGGCAUUGUCCGAACAAACGCUCUGCCAUGCGGCUCUGAAUCUCCAAUUGGAGGCAUUUAUCCUACAAUCUCGCGGUUCAACCACAGCUGUCUGCCUAACGCACAUAACAGCUGGGAAAGUGCCUCGGGGUUCGAAAAUAUCCAUGCCGUUCGAUUUAUCAGGGCGGGAGAAGAGAUCACCAUCCCAUAUAAUCAUGGGGGCACGUCAGACGAGCGACGUCGUCAUCUGAAGGAUGCAUUCGGCUUCGAUUGUGAUUGCAGCAUCUGCUCCAGGCAAGCCAAUGAACUGCAACAGAGUGACGAGCGCCGCCGGCAAAUUCAACGCCUCGACGCCGCAAUCGUUAAUGGGCUCCGCGUGAUGCAGAGCCCUAGGGACUGCCUCAAAGACUGCCAUGUCCUUCUGAAAAUUCUUGAAGAGGAGUUUGAAGGUAGUCAUGGUGCACAUCUCGCUAGGCUUUACUAUGAUGCUUUUCAGAUCUGCAUCGUGCACGGCGAUCAGGCGCGGGCUAGGACUUUUGCGGAGCGAUCGUAUAAAGCAAGGGUGGCCUAUGAGGGGGAGGACAACCCGGAGACAACAAGGAUCCAGAGGCUGAUGGAGGAUCCAACGGGACAUGCAAGUUUUGGAUUAUCGAUGAAAUGGAAGAGCUUGAAGGACCAGGUGCCUCGGGGGUUAGGUUCGGAUGAGUUUGAGAAGUGGUUGUGGAGACAGGACAAUUAG